AUGUCGGAGUCAGAGUCGGAACAAUUGUUUCAAGAGACAAAAGAGCAAAGAUAUGACAGGUAUAAAAAUCAAUUAUGGCAAGCAGCUGCCAAGGGGAUGUUUCGGGGCACUUUGAUUGCUUUGGUUAGUGGAUAUGCCUUGUCAUAUAAGUAUAAUUAUGGUCAGAAUACAGCCUAUUUUAGGAAUACCUAUAAGGUGUGGUGGUUUGUUUGUUGGAAUAUUGUUGGUGUUACAUUUGCUACUGAUACUGCUAAGAUGAGUAUUAGUCGGCAAGCAGCAAUCGAGGAUGAGAUUAAGAGAAAUAAGUAUUAUGAAAAUGAAAUGGAUUUGAUGAAGAAGAAAGGACACUAA